AUGCCCACCAAAUCCAUAUUCCAAGAGCCUGGUGUACGACACUUCCAGCUCAUUCACCGGUCACAACGAGACUCCCUAAUACAUGACCCGGAGGUGAGCCAACAUGUUCUAAAGGCAUUUGAGCGGGGCAAUGUUGUCAAGGGAAAGUCGAGAGCAGAGCUCGAGCAAAUUCUAUCUCCCUCAGAUCUGACUCAUGAUACUGAGCGCAAAAAUAUUGGAGAGGCUGCGCUAUACAGUGUCUAUUACGAUGACACUGUAUACAAUUAUAUGCAGCAUUUGUGCCCAGUCGGUAUGCAAGAGGAUGGCUUCGAUAGCAUACUCAUAGAAGCCCCAUCAAAAGCCAAGGAAAAAGCUAAAGAGCCAAUCACAUUGAUCGACUUGCCUCCUGAGGUACUGCCCUCGACGUCCGAGGUCCCCUGCAACUAUGAAUUUAACCCCGAGCUCGAUCCUCACCUGUGUCAGGUGCUACAGGCACUCAAGGACGACGCAUUUGUGGACGAUGACCUCGAUGAUGAUUUCUUCAGAGAACUCGUGGCAGAUGGAAAGCUAGCCUCAGAUGGACAUCUUGAGUUCGAGUUCAGGGAUGAAGGUAUCGAAGAUGGCCAUGAUGAAGCGGAUGCACGAGAUGAGGCCAAUAGUGAUCUCGACGAUGCUGAAAGAACAGGAUGGGAAGCGCGCUUCACACAUGCUGGCUCUGACAUGGAUGCAUCUUCAAAAGGCGGUGACACUAUUGGGGCACUUCCUCAGAUAUCUGUCAUCGGAGGCAAGAAACGGCAAAAAGGCACUUCUGAUGCAUCUGGAUAUAGCAUGAGCAGCUUGUCCAUGUUCCGUAAUGAAGGUCUUACGCUGAUAGAUGAGCAAUUCGAUAACAUACAAAGAGAAUACAAUUCGGAAGAGAAUGAAGAAACCCAUACCCUUUUCGACGAUUCCGAUGAAGCAUCCGAGUUGAUCACCUCUCGCGAAGAUUUCGAUGCAAUGAUGAAUGAGUUCCUCGAGAACUACGAGAUCUUCGGUGGAAAAAUGUCACUGGGUGGAGUCCGCUUGCGUGAGGAAAAUGAGGAAGAUGAAGAAGAUGAUAUCUUAAUGCCACAUGAUAUUGAUGAAAAGAAGGACCAAUGGGACUGUGAAACAAUUCUAUCUACGUAUAGUAAUUUGGAGAAUCAUCCUCGGCUAAUCAGAGCUCGUCAAGACAGACCUGUCCCAAAAAUACCAUCACCCAAAAACAGUAAAUACGCGCCUCGUUGUAGGACUGACUGUUCCGAUUCGCUGGAGUCUGACUCAGAUGAUGAUAUACAGUCUCAACGUGUGACCAUCUCACAACCUAAGAAUGAGUCAAAAGAAGACAAACAGACCCAAAAGCAAGCCAUCAAAGCAGAGCGACAGCUGCGGCGUACGGAUAAGAAGGCGAUGAAGGAGCAGUUUUCGACUGAGGUUAAGCGGCAAAAUCGGGUCCUCUUGAAUAAGAAAAAUAAAUGA